CCUCCUCUCCCUCCCGCCCCGCCUCCACGAGGGGGCUGGGUCUUAGUCGGCCGGAACUCCCCGCUCCCGACGUUUGCUUCCGGGUCGGAGCCAUGGCGGUGGCAAAUUCAAGCCCUGUCAACCCCGUAGUGUUCUUUGAUGUCAGUAUUGGCGGCCAGGAAGUUGGUCGCAUGAAGAUCGAGCUCUUUGCAGAUGUUGUGCCCAAGACGGCCGAGAACUUUAGGCAGUUCUGCACUGGAGAAUUCAGAAAAGAUGGGGUUCCCAUUGGAUACAAAGGAAGCACCUUCCACAGGGUCAUAAAGGAUUUCAUGAUUCAGGGUGGUGACUUUGUUAAUGGAGAUGGUACUGGUGUUGCCAGUAUUUACCGAGGACCAUUUGCCGAUGAAAAUUUUAAGCUUAGGCACUCAGCUCCAGGUCUGCUUUCUAUGGCCAACAGCGGUCCCAGUACAAACGGCUGUCAGUUCUUUAUCACCUGCUCGAAGUGCGAUUGGCUGGAUGGGAAGCACGUAGUAUUUGGAAAAAUCAUCGAUGGCCUUCUGGUGAUGAGAAAGAUUGAGAAUGUUCCCACAGGCCCCAACAAUAAACCCAAGCUGCCUGUGGUGAUCUCACAGUGUGGGGAGAUGUAGUCCAGACCAAGACUGAACCAGAAUGGUGAUAAUGCCUCUGUCUCAGGGUCGCUGUGAAGAUGGCAGAGGAAGAGUGUGUCUUAGUCCCUUUUAAGAAUAGACUAGCGGCUGGGAAGACCAGGUGCAGCUUGGAAAGAAAAGCAAAACAUGAUCUGAUUAAGGCUUCCCUGUUCCAUUAGACAAGUGACACGAUACCGUCUCAUGAGAACUUUCACAGUUUCCUGAACAACAUCAGACUACCUUGUUCACUGUGUUUUCAACACGGCAUUAUAUCUUGAAGAUCUUUCCUUGUUAGUGCGUGUGAGACUACCUUUGUAUUUAUAAAACAAAACUAACUAUGCCAUAUUCCAUGAGCCGCUGGCAUCGUGCAAAAUUGGCCCUCCCUAUUUGCAGGUUCUGGUUCUGCAGAUGCAGGCAAAUGCAGACUGAAAAUAUUUGAAAAAGAAUUUCUUUCCUUUCUGGUCAUUCUUCUCUGCACAAUACAGGAUAACAACUUUACACAGGAUUUACCCGCUUUGUGUAUCAUAAGUAAUCUAGAGAUGAUAAAGUAUCCAGGGGCCCUUGUUGUGGCAUAGCAGGUAAAGCCACUGCCUGUGACGCCACCUUCCCACAUGGGCACAGGUUUGUGUCUGGGCUAUUCCACUUCCAAUCAGCUCCCUGCUGAUGGCCCAUGUCCUUUGGCUCCUGCACCCACAUGGGAGACCCAGAAGAAGCUCCUGGCUUCAGGCUAGCCUGGCCCUGGCCAUUGUGGCCAUCUGGGGAGUGAAGCAGCAGAUGGAGGAUUCCUUCCUCUCUCUAACUCUGCCUUUCAAAUAAAUCUAUCAAUCUUAAAAAAAAAAAAAAAAAAAAAAGCUAUCCAGAAUUUAUUUUUAUUUAUCUCCAAAUGGAGAU